AUGUCGUCCCAUUUGAAUUGGAUGAUAAUCCGCAAUAACAGCGCCUUCUUAGUGAAGAAACGUAACAUUAAGAAGCCAUUUAGUAAGGAGCCAAACAAUGUGACUAACCUCAACUCUUACAGAUACAAUGGGUUGAUUCACAAGAAAGCAGUCAGCGUGGUUGAAAACCCUGACAGAAAAGGUUUCACAGUGGUUUAUAAGAAGUCUAAGGCAACAAACAAACCUGCGAAAAACAUUGUUCGACGCCCAUUCAAAGCCGGCGCAAGACGAUCUCUAUUCAAGGUAAAGAGGCUGCUUAAAGCUAAUAAUUACCGUACAGAUUUGACCACUGCAACACUUCGUCGUGCAUCGGCUAUCCUUCGUUCUCAAAGACCCAUUAAAGCGAAGAAACCUAAAGCAGCGGCUGCUAAAAGUGAAUAA